AUGGACCAGAAGCCUACCACGUUUCGGGUGCGGCGCAUACCUGCCGAGCAAGAUAUCUCCACGUUACCGCGUUUCCUGAAUACGUGCAUAGAAGGACUUGGGGGCCAUUGCAAUAUCAGGAUCCGAUCACUAGCACCAUCACCUAUCGAUCGCAGUACCAAUCCUACUCUCGUUGCAACAAUAGACUUUGCGGAAGUGCCUGAACGCUUGCAAGAUGGGGAACAAGAGUGGACCAUAUACCUGAAGGGAUCGCGCAAGUUUCUCCUCUUUGACAAAAGCUUUCGUGGAUUCACACCGCUGAACUAUGUCCAAGACACCCAACAUGACUUUGACUGCAUCGCAGUGUCGGGCCUGGGUAGCCAUCCCUUCGGCUCCUGGCGUCAGAGGUCCCGUGCCGAAGGGGAACAAUUUAUGUGGCUCCGAGAUCAGCUACCGGACGAUUUCCCUAGGUUCCGUGUUAUGAUCUAUGGCUACGAUACCAGCUUGGCGCACAGUGACUCCCAUCAGAGCUUAGACGACUUAGCACGAACCUUCGUGCAGCACUUGAAAUCAAUAGGAAGAGCCGAAUAUUCGGCAAAACCAUGUGUCAUAUUCGCCCAUAGUCUUGGGGGAAUCUUAGUUAAGAGAGCGCUUUACUACAUGGCAAGAAGUGGAGACGAGGAGGAUUUUGUCCUACAGAAAAUCAAACUGGCAAUCUUUUUCGGCGUGCCAAACCGUGGUAUGCAGGUCAAACAACUGCUAUCCAUGGUCAAAGGGUACCCAAACGAAGCUCUAGUCAACACACUAUCUAUCGACUCUUCGUACCUUAAUAUUCUCGAUGAAGGAUUCGCUGGCAUAUCAGCUUUUCGUACAAUGAGAAUUGUGUCGGCGUACGAGACCAGGCACUCGCCAACCACAAUAAAAAACGAGCAAGGCAAAUGGGAGCGAAAGGGAGAACGCGAGAUUCUAGUCAGUCGCGAAUCUGCCAUACAGAAUGGAUCUCGAAACCCCCGCGACGUUUUCCAUGUCGACGAUGACCAUUCCAAUAUGGUCAAGCUUGCACCAGAUGAUGCUACGUACUAUAUCAUCCAGCACCAUAUCCACGAUGCUCUCCUCAAGACGAAUCCCAGGUCGCAACACCCUGCCGAUAUACGCAGAAUGAGCCCUUCGCGACGGGCGCGCACCGGAGCACGUCUGAUGAAACAGAAACACCAUGAUAAUGCCCUCUGCAAAACGGAAUCUUGUGACAUCUGCAUGGACGAAGAGGCCAACGAAACCGCUCCGGGCUCUGCCUCUGAAACAAGGCAGUACGUGACGGACGAUGGGAGUUUUCUACAACUCGCGUGGAGCUCAAAGCGGAAGAGAAGGCGUAACCCCCACGAAGAGCUAAAGUGCUUGAAAGCCAGCCUGCAAUUUUCAGAACAAGGUCUAAGAUUUGACGCCAUUACCGAUGCUUCCGCCUCAAGUUUCGGCUGGCUGUGGAAGAAAGAUCUCAAACUCACGGACUGGCUUCUUCGGGGUGAAGGGGUCUACUGGAUCCGCGGGAAACCAGGCAGUGGCAAGAGCACCUUGAUGAAGUACCUAUACAAGAACGACAACUUCCGACAAGAGCUGCGAAGCACUGCGCAGGUCGACCUCUGGUUCUUCUUUAAUGAGAGGGGUGGGUUUUUGCAAAAGACAUUUGAAGGUCUACUCCGCACCAUACUCUAUCAGCUCGUGACGCGAGUUUCACAGCUUGCCAAACUUGUCCUCGAUAUAUACAUGAACACUGAUGACGCUGCAAGGGAUCAGUGGAACAUGACACAGCUUCGAGCAGCAUUCUCAGCUGUACUUGAACAACAGGAGCACAAGGUGGAGCUGCUGGUCUUUCUAGAUGCUUUGGACGAAUACCAUGGGUUUCCAGAAGCUAUUGCGACGUGGAUCAAGGAUUUAGCGGGCCCUGCUGACAAAAAGGGAGGUCUGACAAGUGUCAAAGUUUGCUUCUCAAGCCGUCCGUGGCACGCUUUUGUAGUAGAUUUCGCAAAUGCACCAGGGUUUACCUUACACGAACAUACGGUGCAAGAUAUCAGACAAUAUGCACAGGCCAAGAUUCGACCGCUGUGCAAGCAACCAGUCAAAAAUGCUGCUUUUAAUCUGUACUGGCACAGUAUACCGGCAGGCAGAGUGAUAGAGGCUAUUGCUGGAAGGGCAGAAGGUGUCUUCCUCUGGGUGCGGCUGGCCACUGAUAUGCUUGCACAGCAGAGCCAUUGUGACUCGGACGCCGAUUUCGAUAUGCUGCUCAAUGAGGUACCGAAGGAUCUGGAAGGAUUCUAUGCCCGAACACUCCACCGCAUCCCGCCAAAUAACAGAUUUGAAGCAUUUGUUCUCCUGGAGAUUGUUCAUCGAAGCCCACAAUUGCUCGAUGUCAAACAGUUGUGUUUGGCUGCAGAAUGCGCCAAUAGCAAUAAUUUCCACAUCUGCAAACAACUCAUCAAUUCCAAGCAAGAGAGUCUGGGAUCAUCGGCAGACGCCCAGCAGCACUUGCUCAAUUUCUGUGCAGGGCUGCUCGAGUGCGUAGAGGUGGAAAAAUCAAAGACUGCAUAUGUGCAGUACAUCCACCGAACAGCAAAGGACUUCGUCGCAAGUCCAGGCUUUGCCGAACUGCUGUUGGGUGAGCGCUGUGACAUGCAAACCGACAAUGGGUUUACCUAUCUAUUCAGAUACACCAUUGCCAAACAGUUGUGGGACCACAAUCCUGAUGAAAGACUUUUGAUGCUCGCCAGGGCUGAUGAGAUGACGACCGGCCGGCCGGAGAUUUCCUUCAUCAAUAGUAUACCCAAAGACUACUUCAUCAGUAGCGUACCCAAAAUCCACUUCGAGACAAUCGAAACACCAUGUUCUUACCCGACGCCGCUUGCAUUUGCAGUUUUAGCUGAUUUGAAGCUUUACGUACGGUCAACGCUUGCCAACCUAUCACCUGAUGACAUACUGAUCAACGCCCGUACGCAUUUGCUGAUCGCGGUUGCACGGAAAGCUCUUCAAUGCACAACUUUUGUCAACGACAACCUUUCAGCUCAGCAGAUUGAGUCAUACACUCGCAGACCCUUCAUCCUACAAGGCAUGUGGAAAUUGCUACUCGCGGCCAAACUCGACCCACAUGGGGUAGGCGACGAUGGAUUGUCUGCAUGGGACGUCCUUAUUGCCGCCGAACCAAACAGGUCCUUCCAAGACGAUGCGGUGGGCACGACCAAUGAUCACCUGGUAGAGAUGCUCGAAAGUGCACUGAAAUCCUCUGCGAUUCCAGAUGAGCGGGUAGGGUGUUUGAACAUCAACAACCCAGGGCUCAAAAACCUGGGUAGUAGUAGGUGGUAUUGGUAUCUGAACACGGCCUCCAGAGAGUCCCUGCCAGGUCGAUUUCUCUACAAUGAGGUUCGUCCAGAGUCCCGAUUAUGCCGAACACUGCCAGCUCUUCACCUAUGCAACGUGAAAAUGUCGGCAGUCUUGCUAAAGUACGGUGCCGAUCCCAACUUACUUGACGCUUAUGGUCACACAGCGCUUGAUGUGACGAUAUUGGCCGCCGAGAGGAUAAGUGCACGCGAAAUUUACGGUAAGGUGUUGUUGCUCAUGCACCAUGAGGGUUGUGUCACAAUGACUGGUGCCAAACAUUGGUAUCAAACAUUGCAGUUCGUUUCAGUCCCUGGGGUUGGUGUUGAGCUUUCAAGUGCAGUGUUGGAAGUGCCCCUGCAGCCAGCAAUAAAGAAUGCAGAGCAUCUAGCUACACUCAAUAAACAUUGGAAGCAAGAAGGCAUCAAGGAAGCUUUGUUCACAUCUCAACCUACGGCAGAGUCCCUCUUUGAUGCUCAAGCGUAUUCAAAGGUCCCCAAGAGAAAACGCAAGGCACAGAGCCGUUGGCGCUCCGGAUUCCUAUCACUCUUCAAGAGUAAAGGUCCAUAA